AGAGAAAUGUGGCGGUUUGCCGUUUUUCUUGCGGCAUUUUUUGUUCAGGAUGUUGUGGGAAGCCAUGGCGACCCAGAGCUUCAUAUGACUACCCCCCAAAUCAUCGAGCGAUGGGGGUAUCCGGCGAUGAUCUACACAGUUGCCACGGAUGAUGGGUACAUUUUGGAAAUGCACAGAAUUCCAUUUGGGAAAACAAACGUAACAUGGCCAAAUGGCAAGAGACCUGUCGUCUUCAUGCAACACGGCCUGCUGUGCGCCUCUAGCGACUGGGUCGUGAACCUUCCCGAUCAGAGUGCUGGUUUCCUGUUCGCAGAUGCCGGAUUCGACGUGUGGCUCGGCAACAUGCGUGGUAACACCUACAGCAUGAAGCACAAGGAUCUAAAACCUUCGCACUCGGCGUUCUGGGACUGGAGUUGGGAUGAGAUGGCUACCUAUGAUCUGAAUGCUAUGAUCAAUCAUGUGUUGGAGGUCACUGGACAGGAUAGUGUAUACUAUAUGGGUCAUUCACAAGGAACUCUAACGAUGUUUAGUCAUUUGUCGAAGGAUGAUGGAAGUUUCGCGAAGAAGAUCAAGAAGUUCUUCGCGCUGGCACCAAUUGGGUCUGUGAAGCAUAUCAAGGGAUUUUUGUCAUUCUUCGCUAACUAUUUCUCGUUGGAGUUUGAUGGAUGGUUCGAUAUCUUCGGAGCCGGCGAAUUCCUCCCAAACAACUGGGCCAUGAAGCUAGCCGCCAAGGACAUUUGCGGAGGGCUCAAAGUUGAAGCCGACCUCUGCGACAACGUCCUAUUCCUCAUCGCCGGCCCGGAAAGUGACCAAUGGAACCAGACACGUGUUCCAGUCUACGCUACUCAUGAUCCAGCGGGGACUUCGACUCAGAACAUUGUCCACUGGAUGCAGAUGGUGCAUCAUGGAGGCGUUCCGGCGUACGACUGGGGAACCAAGACGAACAAGAAGAAAUAUGGACAGGCUAAUCCCCCAGAGUACGACUUUACCGCUAUCAAGGGAACCAAGAUUUACCUCUACUGGAGUGAUGCCGAUUGGUUGGCUGAUACGCCUGACGUGCCUGACUACCUACUGACUAGAUUGAACCCGGCAAUUGUCGCUCAAAACAAUCAUCUUCCCGACUACAAUCAUUUGGACUUCACAUGGGGACUACGCGCUCCUGAUGAUAUUUAUCGUCCGGCUAUCAAGCUGUGCACUGACGAUUAUUUGGGAAAAUAAUAAUUUGAAUUGAGAUAAUUGAAAUAAAAAGUACAUAAAAUUGU